AAAAAGUCCGAAAAAGAAUUGUGGCAGCAAUUGCAGCAGAGUUAGAAACCGGAAUCAAAGAAAAGCCAUUAGCAAGCUAGCUUAGUUUUCCCAAUCAGGAAACCUAAAUUACAGUGUACAUACAAUUUCAGGAUAAAAGAAUAUCCAGAUUGCAUAAUAACCCAGAUACAAGAUUUCAUUUUUCCAGCUGCCCUUUUCAAGAAUCAAUACACAGAUGUCAAUUACAGUUUCACUACGCUAGAAAAAAAGGGGGAAAAAAAAUUAGGUUUUCAAUCCGGCGAAACAAUGGUGGGUGCGAAGGAGGAGGAGGGCGACGCCGCCGGAGAAGAGAAGAGCGGCGGUGGGGUUGUUCCAAGGAAGCAAUCCUCCUCGCUGCCGCCGCCGACGCCCAAUUGGUUGACCAAUUUCCACAGAGAUCUGACGGCCGGGGCGGUGAUGGGUGGCGUGGUGCACACGAUUGUGGCCCCCAUAGAAAGGGCGAAGCUUCUCCUGCAAACUCAAGAGAGUAAUAUGGCAAUCCUUGCCGGUGGGCCCCACCGGAGAUUCAAGGGGAUGGUGGAUUGCAUUGCCCGUACUGUUAGGGAAGAAGGCAUUUUGUCCUUGUGGAGAGGCAAUGGCAGCAGCGUCAUCAGAUAUUACCCCUCUGUUGCCCUAAAUUUCUCUCUUAAGGAUCUGUACAGGAAUAUUCUUCGGGGAAACGCAAAAGAAGGCGAUUUUUUGUGGGGGCCGUCAUCAAAUUUCAUAGCGGGGUCCGCCGCGGGCUGCACAACCCUAAUCAUAAUCUACCCGCUCGAUAUAGCACACACUCGCCUAGCGGCCGACCUUGGAAGAACCGAAGCCAGACAAUUCAAAGGCAUUCGCCACUUCCUCAAAACCAUACACGAGAAAGACGGGUUUCGAGGCAUUUACAGAGGACUCCCCGCCUCACUGCAUGGCAUGGUGGUCCACCGUGGACUAUACUUUGGAGGAUUCGACACCAUCAAGGAGAUGAUGGUGGCGUCAUCGUCGUCGUCACCGGAACAUUCCUCCUCCGGUGAUGAUGUGGCGCUGUGGAAGCGGUGGGUGGCUGCUCAGGCGGUGACGACGGCAGCGGGAAUGCUGUCUUAUCCGCUCGAUACUGUUCGGAGGAGAAUGAUGAUGCAAUCGGGUUUGGACCGUCCGAUGUACAAUAGCACAAUGGAUUGUUGGAGAAAGAUAUACAAAGUGGAGGGGUUUAAUUCUUUUUAUCGAGGGGCGGUUUCGAAUAUUUUUAGGAGUACUGGAGCAGCGGCUGUUUUAGUUUUGUACGAUGAGAUCAAGAAGUUUAUGAAUUGGAGCGGAUUAUAGCGAAUUGGAUUCGUUUUUUUUUUUUUUUUUUUUCGGCCACCUGGCAAAUUGGAACAUAUUCUUUUUGCUUCUUGGAAUAAAAGCAGCAGAGUUUGUGAGAAAGUUAUUUAGUUUGUUUGCGUCGUUUUUUCCUUACUCGUUCGGGGGUUUCGCGGAAAAUGUCGAGAAGUUGCCAUGGCUGAGGAAUUAAGCUGCUGUUCUUCACAUACAUAUGAUAUAUCUAUCUAUCUAUCUCAGGUCAGAAGUUAUAUGUACUUUUUGCACUUUAUAAAGUCUAUAAUUAUGAUU